AUGGACCUCUCAACGUACAUUCCAAGUGGCGAAUGGCAAUUGCUAAGCGCCCCAGCUGUACGUGAAGUAACUUUCAACACCUGUUGCCCAGAACCAUACCCUACUGUCACCUUUUUUAUGCAUUUAAGAAGAAGAGCCGUGUUUUACAUUUUUAACAUUGUCUGCCCGUCCUUGCUAAUAUCUACGAUGACAUUAAUGGGAUUUUGUCUGCCGGCCCAUGAUAUGAGUGAAAAGAUCAGUUAUCAAAUGACCAUCCUACUUUCAAUCUGCUUUUUUGUAACAAUUGUGAGUGAAAUGACGCCACCUACUUCUGAGGCUGUCCCGUUGCUUGGUCUCUUCUUUUCGGUGCUUACUUUAAUUGUCUCAGUCUCAACGUGCUUUACCGUAAAUGUUCUCAACUUUCGGUACCGACAACCCGGAAAUAAAGACAUGCCAAAGAUGUUCUACUCGGUCUUUCUCAUUUGGCUUCCAUGGCUUUUAUUAAUGCGCAGACCAGGGUUUAGCUAUGAAAAGAAGAAAGAAAGGAAGCUGAAUGAUGAAGAAGAAGCCGCCGAGGAGACGGAUGAAGCUGUUGAUACGGACUACCCCUGCUGUUGUACUCAUGAUGAUUCGCCGGUUUCGAUCACAACGGCUUCAACAUCAUGUUAUACGGGAACUUCCGGAACACAGCCACUUUUGAGUCGGAUUAUGCCAGCAGAACAUUUAAAUCUUACUCGCAAAGUCGGAGAAGGGAUAUUACCAAAGCAAUUUUCGGUUUUUAAACGAACUCAAAGCCAAAGAGUCCGACGUGUUUCACAGUUUGAAAAAUACAUCCAAAAAUGUAAAGAUAUUGCCGGAGAUCAAACCAAUUUUUAUUAUUGUGAGUAUACGUUGGCUGUAAUCGAUUAUUACACACAUAUUCAUCGCAAAUUGAGAGAAGUCCGGAAGCGAUUAGCCCGCAAGAAGGUUUUACAUUAUAAAAUGGAAGAAUGGAAAUUUGCGGCAAUGGCUUUGGAUCGAUUCUGUCUAGUACUAUUCACAUUCUUUAUCUCUGUCUGUAUGAUAUCAAUCAGUUUUGUCACCCCACAUUUUGAUCUGGAAUUCCAGGAU